GCCCUGGCGCCGCUGGAAAUGGAAAGGGCAUGCUGCCCGCGAGCGCCAGGCGCAGAUUUGGGCAGGGAGCCGCCUCGAGGCAACGAGGGCGACCGCCGCGCGCGCGGCCGCCGGGGUCGCUGCUGCCGAGGACGCGGUGGCGCUAGAGGCCGCGCGGGCGCAGGCAGAAGAAUCCGAGGCGGCAUUCCGCCUCGCAGAGGCGGCGCAGCAGGAACCGCCAGCGCAGGAAACGGUUGCGCAACCUGCCGGGCUGGCGCGGGCCACGCGCGAACCGCUGGAGCGGCUCGAGAACGGGGCGCGCGCCUGGGCAGGCGCGCCAGAACUGCUGCUAGCGGCGACGGCCGCGGCGCGCGCCGCCCUGGCCGCAGCGGGGCCGGCCGCCGAACCCCGCCCAGCACCUCGAGGGGAGGGCGACUCGGACGCCGACUUGCUGAGCGAAGGGCCAGGAGCGAGGAGGCGCUGGGCCGACCUUCGAGCCGAGGAGGCCGAAGGGGACGCCUUGUUGGAGGAGCUGGACCGUACAGACGCAGGCGACAGGGCGCUCCUCGAGGCGGCUCGCCGCCUGCGCAGCGCCCGCGGGGAGGCAGCUGCAGCCGCCGGGCCAGCGCAGCCUGCGCAGCCGCCCCGCCGAGACCGCAGCCGCGCCCCAGACCGCUGA